CCGCUGGCCAGCGUGCGAUCCCUCGGGAGCCAGAGCCUUCUCCAGCCCUGCCACACGCAGCCCUCCAGCCGACGCCAUGGUGCAGUGGACAGCUGAAGAGAAGCAGCUCAUCACCGGCCUCUGGGGCAAGGUCAAUGUCGCCGACUGCGGUGCCGAGGCCCUGGCCAGGCUGCUGAUCGUCUACCCCUGGACCCAGAGGUUCUUCGCUUCCUUUGGGAACCUGUCUGGCGCCACCGCCAUCCUGGGUAACCCCAUGGUGCGUGCCCACGGCAAGAAGGUGCUCACCUCCUUCGGGGACGCCGUCAAGAACCUGGACAGCAUCAAGAACACCUUCGCCCAGCUGUCCGAGCUGCACUGUGACAAGCUGCACGUGGACCCCGAGAACUUCAGGCUCCUGGGUGACAUCCUGAUCAUCGUCCUGGCCGCCCACUUCGGCAAGGAUUUCACUCCCGAGUGCCAGGCUGCCUGGCAGAAGCUGGUGCGUGUGGUGGCCCACGCCCUGGCCCGCAAAUACCACUAAAGAGCUCGGGAAAGCCCCGGCAGCCUCGUGUCCUGAACCCGCUGCCGCUUCCAACAGCCAAAUAAAGCUCAUCCUGUGAAGCCUC